ACGACGCCCUUUACGGCAACCAGCGGGUUGCGCUACGCAGCAGGCACCGUGCAGCAGCUCCAGGCUGGUGCAGAAACAUUCCUCGGUGGAGCCUCCAGCAGCGGGGGAGCAGCAGCCGAGACCUCGGAAACCCUGCAGGCCUGUCUUAGGACGACGCCCUUUACGGCAACCAGCGGGUUGUGCUACCAGGCAGCAGGGGCCAUGCAGCAUCUCCAGACCGGUGCAGAGCCAUCUAGCGAUGGAGCCUCCACCAACAAGGAAGCAGCGGCCGGGACCUCAAGGGGAACCCUGCAGGCCUGUCUUCGGACAGCACCCUUCACCACAACCAGCGGGAUAUGCUACCAGGCAGCAGGGGCGAUGCAGCAGCUCCAGACUGGUGCAGAGACAUUCCACGGCAGAGCCUCCAGCAGCGGGGGAGCAGCAGCCGGGACCUCGGAAACCCUGCAGGCCUGUCUUGGGACGACGCCCUUUACGGCAACCAGCGGGAUAUGCUAUCAGGCAGCAGGGGCCAUGCAGCAGCUCCAAACUGGUGCGGAAACAUUCCUCGGCGGAGCCUCCAGCAGCGGGGAAGCAGCGGCCGGGACCUCGGGAACCCUGCAGGCCUGUUUUGAAACAAUGCCCUUUACAGCAACCAGCGGGUUGUGCUACCAGGCAGCAGGGGCCAUGCAGCAGCUCCAGACUGGUGCAGAAACAUUCCUCGGCGGAGCCUCCAGCAGUGGGGAAGCAGCAGCCGGGACCUCGGGAACCCUGCAGGCCUGUCUUUGGACGACGCCCUUUACGGCAAUUAGCGGGAUGUGCUACCAGGCAGCAGGGGCCAUGCAGCAUCUCCAGACCGGUGCGGAGCCAUCUAGCGAUGGAGCCUCCACCAGCAGGGAAGCAGCGGCCGGGACCUCAAGGGGAACCCUGCAGGCCUGUCUUCGGACAGCGCCCUUCACCACAACCAGCGGGAUAUGCUACCAGGCAGCAGGGGCCAUGCAGCAGCUCCAGGCUGAUGCGGAAACAUUCCACGGCGGAGCCUCCAGCAGUGGGGAAGCAGCAGCCAGGACCUCGGGAACCCUGCAGGCCUCUUUUGGGACGACGCCCUUUACGGCAACCAGCGGGUUGUGCUACCAGGCAGCAGGGGCCAUGCAGCAUCUCCAGACCGGUGCAGAGCCAUCUAGCGAUGGAGCCUCCACCAGCAGGGAAGCAGCGGCCGGGACCUCAAGGGGAACCCUGCAGGCCUGUCUUCGGACAGCGCCCUUCACCACAACCAGCGGGAUAUGCUACCAGGCAGCAGGGGCCAUGCAGCAGCUCCAGGCUGAUGCGGAAACAUUCCACGGCGGAGCCUCCAGCAGUGGGGAAGCAGCAGCCGGGACCUCGGGAACCCUGCAGGCCUCUUUUGGGACGACACCCUUUACGGCAACCAGCGGGUUGUGCUACCAGGCAGCAGGGGCCAUGCAGCACCUCCAGACCGGUGCAGAGCCAUCUAGCAAUGGAGCCUCCACCAGCAGGGAGGCAGCGGCUGGGACCUCAAGGGGAACCCUGCAGGCCUGUCUUGGGACGACGCCCUUCACAGCAACCAGCGGGUUGUGCUACCAGGCAGCAGAGGCCAUGCAGCAUCUCCAGACCGGUGCGAAGGCAUCUAGCGACGGAGCCUCCACCAGCAGGGAAGCAGUGGCCGGGACGUCGACAAGGACCCUGCACCCUGUAUGUCCAUCGCUCAUUUCACCUAGACUCACCGAAGAUGUAAUUCUUCAGAUGAAGAGGAGAAUUAAGCACCUGGAGAAUGAGAACCGCCGCUUGGUGAGGCAGGCUGCUUUGCAGAAGACACGGGAAGCUACAUUCCACACACACUUUCGCAAGAUCUUCACUGCGGAUCAACUAUGCGAUUUGCCUGUGGCAGCACGGGCUACGACCUGA